UGAACGAAAAUAUGGCGACAGAAAUUGGACGGACAGACUGCAGAUGCCAGCGUUGUUUUUGUCGGUUUUUCCCCACCCCAGCAUGCGGCAUUGCAGCCCAAUCAAAUCCAAUUUCUACCGCCAGAAAAGAGAGGGGUGAUUAGGCGGCAGAGACUCAUAAGGUCUACCAGUGACAAGAUGCAAAGAGAUGCAGAGGUGCCUGGGUCUGUAGAGCAUUCACCCGUCCACGUGAAACAGGAACCUGGAGAAGGAACAUCCCGACAGUCAUCCUCAGAGAGCGCCAAGGCGGCCUCCUCCACCUCUUGUCCUCCGGAUGAUACCACGGUCAUCAGCGAUGCUGAGGACAGCGACAGGGACCCUGAAAGGGAAGAUGAGUUGGGUGUCAACGGAGACGAGUCACCCCCCAUGAGUGAUGACCAAGGUGACAUCAGCCUAGGUUGUGAUGAUGGACAACUCAGCAUACAGGCACAGGCAGGUAGCCCCCUCCAGCGGGAGGGUCACCUGGCCUAUGCUUCUCAGGUACAAAGGGAGGACUCGGCCGGCUCUGGCUAUGGCUUCACCAGCAGCACUGAGACAGAGUUUGCCGGCAAUGAGGAGCAGAGCCAAGACAGGGAGUUCAGGGAUUUCAUCUGCCGUUUGUGCAAGCGCACUUUCUCCAAGAAGCAGAGCCUGCGCCGGCAUAUGAACCUCCACAGCGGCCACCGUCCGUUCCAGUGCCCAUUCUGUGAGUACCGGUCAUCGCGAAAGGACCAUCUGCAGCUUCACAUGAGGACGCGACACGAUCCGGGCCAGAGCAAGCACUAUGUGUACAAAUGCCCGAUCUGUGGUAACUCAUUUCCCAGCCAAAAGAGGGUGCUGACCCACCUAAAGAGCCACCAGACUGUCCAUCGUUGUGAACAGUGUGACUAUGGCUUCCCGUCACUGCUCGCCUACGAGAACCACAAGAAGAUGAAACAUGCCACUGUGUCUUGCCCACCUACUUCUGAGCCUAGCUCCUUUACUUGUCCAACCUGCAAGUAUGAGUGUUCCAAUGCAGAGGAUUACACCAACCACCUGCAGAGCCAGCGACAUCGUGACAUGAUCACGGCUUCCGUGCGUGUCCCGCAGAUACACGUCCAGCGGCGGCUGCAGAUGGGUGGAUCGUCAGCUUCUGCCAGCUCCAUGGAGAGUGCGUCUUCCCUGGAGAGAGAGACUAGCUUUGAAUCAGUGCAAUCGGGGCGAUCUUUGCCCCCCUCCGGACUGGCAAGCAUGCCCAGCAUCUCAGCAGAGGGUCCCAGCACGGGAUCUGUGCCACUCUCCUUGGUAAAGGUUCCCACGAUAACCGUGUCACCCAACCACCAACGAAGGGAGGAGAGCUACGAACACUCGCCUUCCAGAGAUGACAACAGUCCUAGUCAGAGGCAGUGUAUACCACAAGGAAGGGGAGGCUCCGCAAGCCUCCCAGUCAUCUCACAUAUAGUUUCGCUUCACCAGAACGGCAAGGAGCCCGUCACCAGACGCUCCCCUCUCCGAGAGAGCAGAUCCACGUCAGGGUCUGCGCCCAAAUCCUACGAAUCUUACGAGUCGGGCAAGAGCUCAUCCAGUUUUGAGUCGCCGGGCUUUCUCCUCCCCAAGGGGACUGCCGUCUCCCCGCAGCGGUCGAGCCGCACACCCAGCCCCCAGGGCACACCCUUGUUGAUGAUUGGGGCCAUGCACGGCCGGCCGGAGGACUCGCCCCACAAACGCAGGUGCCUCAGUCAUACUGGAUCCUCCAGUCUAGAAUCGCAGCCGUCCUCAGAGCUGAUGGCGGGGGUGUGGGGAAGCCAGCCCACCCCGGUCAUCUGCCGCGACAACAGCACACAAGACGAUGUCUGGCGGUGUGAGUACUGUCACAUCAUCUUCCCCGAUAACAUCAUGUACGCCAUCCACAUGGGCUGUCAUGAUCUCCGUAACCCUCUACAAUGUAACAUCUGCGCCUUCCAGUGCCAAGAUAGGUAUGAGUUUACCUCCCAUAUAGCCAGGGGUUUGCAUAGCAAGAGCCCCUCUGGCCGAGGAAGUCAAUUUUGAAGUUGAACCAAAUUGCAUCCAUUGGAAGAAAAAUAUUCAUCAAAUAACUUGGGAUAUAUUUUACUGUUUACAAGUACAUGUAGAAGUAACUGUGAAGCAAAAAGUCUACAUUUUUUAUUCAUCAAGACAGUUUGAAGUCCACACUCAGCUGUAUAUACAAUGUAAAUUAAAUACAUAGUAUGCUUGCUGCCAACAUUUGGUAUGAACAUGUGCUAAUAUGCCCAUGCAGUGGGUGUGCAAAUCCUAAUCAGUGAACAAGAAGGGAAAUUUAUGUAAUUUGUAAGCUACGUCUCUGACUUAGAUAUAUCAGAAUGGAAUCACAUGAAUGCUGCUAAUUAGAUGGCUGAUUGAUUGCUGAUAGAUGACAUGUUACACUUUAAACCAAAGAAAGGAAACAUCAGCAGGUGUGCUUGUGCAUGUAUCUGUACACGUUCAGUUGACUGCUGCCACACAAGGCUUAAUGCAGCCAACAUGUUUGUUAUUUCCAAAUUUGAUAUUACAUAGAAGUGUUGCUUCCUGCUCCCAUUUGGCUAAACCAGUAGAGAUGGCACAGUGUUCCAACAUUGUUCCUACAUGCUCUUAUAAAUUGAGCACAGGCACUUUGACCUACCACCUUGGACAGUAGACUGACCAAUGAGGACAGUGAAGCGUCCCCAGUAAAGCAUGUACUGUACAUGUGUAGGGUAAAUAAUGUGGAUGUACCAUACUGCAGUACAUGUUUGUACUUGGGUAUAUAUGUACAUGUACAGUGUACUGGUACAGUUGAACCUCGCUGAUAAUAGCAGCAUUAAUACAUGAUUCUGCUUAUAACAUGGAACUUAAUAGGUCCCAGUCCUUUGUUUUUCAUUGUUCUCGUUCCUGAUAAGGUUCCUGUUAUAAUGAGGUGAUUUGCCAAGUCUGAAGGACCUCCUCUUAAUAAGAUCUGACUGUAUGUGAACAGUGCAGGAGUCACAUGUAUGACAUUCUACCCGGUAGCAAGGUGUGCAAAUCUGUAGACAAAUCCAAUGACCAAAAUUAGAAGCCAUUACCUGAUUACUACGGGGCCAUCCUGUUCGCACACAGGUGGUGCACGCGUGUGAAAUUCCUCCUUGACCAAUAGGCAGUAGUCAGUUGCCAAAGUGCGUGUGUUCGCUCAGCAUGAGACAGUUGCGUGAGUGUAAAUGGCUGAGUUGUAAUGAUUUGAGUCAUUGACUCAACUUGUGUCUAAUUCAAGUCACAAUUUUUGGCAACUUAACUCAACUCAAGUGCCGAUGGGUGACGCUGCAACCAAAUGACUGGACUCGAAUCUCUCAUCGAGACUUAAAUCGAGUACAAGCGUAUAAGUCUCAAGUCUCAAAAAAUUAAAAGCAAAAUUUUAGUUGGCUAGACACCUGUCACCAUAAUAUACAUGUAUUUUCAGU